AUGGGAUGGGCGUGUGUCUUUUUAACUGGGGACCCCUUAUGCUUCAGCAUUCUAGCAGGUGAGGUGCCUGAUGCCUUCAUCGCCACUGGGGACAUUCCCUCGGCCUUUGUGCCGGAAUGUUGUGCUCUAGUAGUCUCCCUUUGGAUUGGGACUACUGCCUUUCAAGGCUAUCAGGUUGUUCACAAAUCUGAUUGUGUUGCUGCCCUUGCUGUUGCUGAGGAAGGCCGUGGUACAUCAGAGGGUGCUGCUGCCUGCGCCCUCCGGGCUAGCCGGGUUCUUGCAUGCGCCCUGGCUCGUACGCCACCUAAGUUUGAGCAUGUUGCCGGGCAUUCCGGACUCAUUGGUAACGAGCUCGCUGAUGCCGCUGCCAGGCUGGCUGCACGCGGAGACCGCCUGGGUUUCCUGCCAUGGUCAGGGCACUCCAAGCCUGCCUUUGACUGGUGGACGCCUGACUUUCGUCAGGUCCAAUGGGCUGGCAUUUUUUGCCGCACUGCGAUGGGAUGCCACGCGCUCCCUCCAACUGCAGACAAUGCUCACGACGCUGUCCCCCCCGACGAUGAACUCACACCAUCGGAGGCGGUUGGACCUUUCCUCCCCGCAUCGCCUUCCGCCCAACCUACGGAACCUGCCACUCAGAACGCCUGCCUCUCUGUGCGUGUUGUCUCCUACAAUGUGCUGUCCCUAAACGGUGAGGCUUUUGCUGAUGGUGCCGGCCAAGGCAUCGCCUAUGCCGCCGGCCGACCUGCCAUGCUGGCACAGGCCCUCAAUGCACACAACAUUGGAGUUGCCUUCCUCCAAGAGGCGCGCACACAGGAGGGCUCUGUGCACACCGCCGAUUACUUGCGCUUCUGUUCGGGCACAGAGCAUGGCCAUCUGGGGGUUGAAAUUUGGAUCCGUAGCAACCUUGCUUUGGUUGUCCGUGGCAGUGCCAAGCUUGCAUGCCUAUGCCGUGAUGCGUGCUCUGUGCUGGCUAGCGAUCCUAGACGGCUGGUUGUGCAUUUCCGGCAAGAGGACAUCCGCUUUCACUUUGUGUGCUUGCACGCCCCACAUCGGGGUCAUCCUGAAGAUCUCCUCCGUGCCUGGUGGCACGAUACGAUUCAUCUUUGUGGCCGGCUUGCCAAGACAGCACCGAUUGUUCUUGGAGGCGACUUGAACGCUUGUGUUGGAAGCCACACCGACCAUGCCAUUAGUGAUGCCUGGGCGGAACCGCAGGAUUUUGCGGGUACCUUUGUGCAUGAUAUGGCUGCAAACGGACAGCUUUGGCUUCCGGCGACCUGGGCGGAGCAUCAGCAGGGUGAAGGCUGGACCUUCUUUCAGAAGCGCAAUUCGGCAGCGACACGGCCGGACUUUGUUGCCCUGCCUCUUGCGUGGCGAGACGCCCAAGUUAGUACUUGGGUCGCCCCCGCCAUCAAUGCCGGACAGGCCUGUCUGGACCACCUUGCAACUGUUGCGAGUGUUACUGCCACCAUUGUAUGUGGUACCAAGGAAGUCCGUCAGCGGCCCAAACGGAUCGACAUUGCUGCUUUGCGCUUGCCUGCCAACAAAGCCAGGCUCUGUCGAGUCUGUGACCGACUUCCUGUCAUUCCAUGGCAAACUUCGGCGGACUCCCACGCAGCUGAGCUGGUCAGAUGCCUCCAUGAUGCACUUGUGGAGGAGUUCCCAAUGCCGAAAACUGCCCCACGUCGCAGUUAUCUCUCCCAGGCUGCAUGGACUCUGCACCAACAAGUCGCCUUCUUGCGACAUCAGUGUGCGCGUCUGCGUGGCGCUGUGCGCCGGCACUCCCUUGCCGCAUUCUUCAACAUUUGGCGUGGGACCGCGUCCGUGCUACCGUCCUCCUUCUUGUGGGCCAAGCAGGCCGCUUACAUUGGAACGGUUCGUAGUGAGCAAUUAAGGGCUGCCUCUGUAGCGCUUAGGCGACAAUGUCGAGAUGAUAGGGCCGCUCAUCUUUCAGAUCUUGCAGACUCUGUGCAGGCCAACCGCGUUGAUGGGGCCCAAGCCCUCCAGCUUCUUCUCAAACAGAAGCAUAAAAAGCCUUUUGCUCCGGCCGUGCUUCCCCAAUUAAAGAAAAUUGACGGCUCCCUCUGUCAGUCCAGUUCUGAGAUCACUGAUCGAUGGAGACAGCAUUUUGGGGACAUGGAGGCCGGCCUUGUUUGCCAGCCGGCUGACCUUGCUGGGGUCAAAGAUCCUGGCGGUUGGCCUUUACCGCCGAGCCUGCAGGACCUUCCCACGCCCGGGGAACUUAUGCAAGCUUUGGCUGGAUCUAAGGCAGGGAAAGCGCCAGGCCCGGACCACAUCCCGGGGGAGGCCCUUUCAGGGGCACCCUCUGCCUUAAUCAUGCACGUUCUGCCUCUUCUGCUCAAGCUGUGCUUGAAGGGCACGGAAGCCAUCGGGAUGCAGAGUGCCACCCUCUGCACCUUAUAUAAACAAAGAGGAGCGCGGGACGAAUGCGGGUCGUACCGAGCUAUCAUGCUCCUCCCGACCAUUGCUAAAGCCAUUCAUCGCUCCCUCCGUCCGAAACUUUAUCGCCACAUUGACCAGACGGCACCGCCGACCCUUCUGGGUGGGCGCCGUGGAGCAUCUGUAGUCUUUGGGGGGCAUUUGGUGCGCGGGUUCUGCAGGUGGCAACUCCACUCCAAGACCUCCUUUGCAGUUAUCUUCGCAGACGUCGCAUCUGCCUACUAUAGUUCGAUCCGUGAACUCACCGCUCGGCGCCCAACCAGUGUGCAGGACCAUGGCUGUCCAGAAUUCCUGCACACUGAGCAUGAUGGGCUACGUCACCAACUGAACUUGUCUAGCGUGCUGAGCCAAGGGGGCGCGAGCACAUGGCUUGAAGGCAUUGCUGCAGAACUGCACAGGAGGACCUGGUUCACCAUUGCUGGGGACCGAGUGCCGGUCCAAACUCGGCGUGGUUCGCGUCCGGGGUCGACCUUUGCCGACUUGAUGUUCGGUGCCGGGGUGUCGGCCAUCCUUGACCUCAAGGAGUCCCUAAGAGCCCAGACACCCGAUGCCGUCACCAGGCCCAGUAUCCCAUGGGAUGGCCGCCGUGACCUCAGCCCUGCUGGUAUGCCCACCACUACUGUUACCCUGGGAGACGUUGUCUGGGCUGAUGACGUUGCUGAGUGUGUGGUCUUACAAGCUGCCGAUGCUGUGGCAGCCCAGGUUGCCGUUGCCACUUCAAAUUUUGCUGAAGCCUUUGCCAGUUUUGGGUACACCCUGACCUUUGGGGCGACUAAGACGGCUGCCCUGGUCCGUGUGUCCGGAGCGGGGGCCAAACGUGCCCGAUCCCGGCUCUUCGGGAAAGACGCGUCUCUCCCAAUCUUAUUGGAGAACGCUUCCACGGCUCGCCUACCUGUUGUUGCCUCCUACAAGCAUUUGGGGGUCAUGCAGACUCCCACGGCGUCUCUCCUCCCCGAAAUUCGCCACCGAUGUGGCCAUGCUUGGCAGGCUUUUCGUCAAGGACGCAAGGCUGUAUACCGCAACAAAAAGAUCUCGCUUCUUCGGCGUGGUAUUCUGCUCACCUCAGCUGUCUUCACGCGCCUGUUUUACGGCGCGGGAUCUUGGCCCACACUCCGCGCUGGGGAAGAACAGGCCCUCAAUGGGGCCAUGCUUGGGAUCAUGCGACAGACGCUGUGCAUCCCCUUUGAUGGAGACCAACAUAUCUGCCGCGCUGAGACAUGUGCCUUGCUAGGCAUUGCGGACCCUCGUUUGCGGUAUCUACGCCAGCUUGUGGCGGCAGCACCUGAUGCGCUUUGGGCGCUCACACGCCUUGAUGCCGCACUGCUUGGCGCCUACAGAGAUGCCUUUGAGUGGCUUUUCACCUUCCUCAGACAUACCAUCCCUAUGCCGGAUCCUCUCCUCGACUGGGAACCUUGGCGCCAAGUCAUGACGGAUAGGCCCGGUCGCUUUCGAGGGUGGAUUAAACGUGCCAAGCGUCUGGCUAUCCUCCGCCUGACUUGCGGGGCGGCUUUAUAUGCCCUUGCCAAGGCGAUCCGGACGGCCGGCGCCGCACGCACCACUGAUCCGACCCGUGACGGGGAUACCUGCUUCACUGAAGCCUGUCUACCAUGCCGUAUUGCCUUUGGUUCACGAUCGGCCUGGGCAUGCCAUGCCAGCAAACUCCAUGGUUAUCGGACACGGGCUACCCUGAUCACUGCUGGCGUAAGCGGUUUCUGGUGUCGUGCUUGCGGCAAGGUCUACGCUAAUGCUGGGCGACUUCGGCGCCAUGUUGCCUUCUCUGUUGACUGCCAGGACCACUGGGGAAGCUUUCUGGCGCGUGGGGAUCCUGACUCACUUGCCCCGCAUCCAUCUGCCCCUCCUUUGCAGCUUGAAGGGGCUUUGGAUCAAGUAUACCCUGAGGUGACCCCACAGGAUGUUCAUCAGGGCCUUCUUUCUGCACUCUUGGAGCUUGAAAACCCCGAUGAGACUACCACUUGGGAUACGGUUGUUGAGUUCAUUGCGCCUUUGGCGCACUUGCGUACCACCCUGUGGACUUGGGCCGCCCAUGCCCGGGCCCAGCCAAUGGCACAUGAACUUGCCUCCAACGUGGUGCUCCUUCUGGACCCGGAGCUGUGCUGCGAUGACUUUCGGCAUCGCAGGAGCGCAUUGAAAGGUUUGGACUUCCUUCCAGCCCUGGACACUCCAGCUGAGAUUGUCUUUCCUUUCAUCCUCUCUGGGCCGGUUUUCACUCUGCGGUUGGACUUGCCGCCUCUGCCCGAGUACCGCUACCCUUUCCAGUGCAGCGUACCGUUGGCUGCCGCUGAGCGGCAUGCCAAAUGGUUUGAAGCUGCCUGUGAUACUGUCGGCGCUUUUGUGCAGCAGUCGCAGUGUGCGCCGGUUAAGCUUUUGGCGAGCUCGGCAGCUCUUGCUUGCCUUGAGCCGACCACCUCAUGGCUACUGCUUGGAGGUUUUGAGCGCUGCUCCGAUGGGAUCUGCUCGCCUCUUCAGUAA